AGGAGGAGGAGGAGGGGGAGAGCAGGAAGCAGUUAGAGGGGAGAGGCUUUUAUUUUGACAGCGGGCAGGCUGAGCGGCUGUCGGAUCCAGUGUCUUCCCACAUCCGAGCUCGUAGACCCCCGGGAGCGGGCUUCUCGGUCCUGCGCUGUGGGGAGGGGGAUCAUCCUUCCCGGGGUCCCCCUCCGUUCUCUUCCCGGCACAUGCCCGGAUCGUAAGCGAGGAAGUGCCGGGCAGACUGGUUACAUGCCCGCCGUGCCCUGCAAGUCGGAGGAGGGGGCAGGAUGAGAGGGGGCACCGUGCUCGCCUCCGCUGCGGCUCCCUCUCCCCCUCAGCCCCCGAGCUGCGGAUGCUGAGAGGUCGGGAAGCCCUACUGGAGGCCGGAGACAGAGAGGAGAUGGGAGGCCGCAGGGGAGAGCAGUGAGAUCCCUCUUAACAUCAGUGUAAUUCUCUGGCAAUCAAAUGCACCCUGAAAGCAAACUGACCAGUCAUGGGAAGGCAUCUAGCAAUGGUGGACAAUCACAGCCUGCAAAUGUGAGCCAAGGACCCAAAGGGACAGGGCUGCUUGGCCCCAAACCCAAUCACAUGUCGCCAAGUGGUGUGGGUCUGAAAACCGCACAAAACCAGGGUCCAAACCAUGGGAACGGGCAAAGGGAGUCAUCUGGAGAGGUAGCAGAGCAGAAAGAGCCAGGAACUCCCUCUCUGGACCCAGAACCAAAAGGAGAAAUACCCCCUCGUAGCAAGAGACGUUGUGUACUGGAACGUAAACAGCCCUACAGUGGGGAUGAGUGGUGUUCAGGACCAGACAGUGAGGAGGACGAGAAGAACCUAGUGAUCGCUCACAUCUGUAGUGUUAGUGAUUCUGCAGUAUCCGCUCCUACGGUGCCAGGAUCAGGAUCAGCUUCCCUUCCGGGACUCAAUGACUCCAGUUCUUCCAGCACAGCCCACGGGGCUAGCCAAAGCUUGCAUGGGGAAGGAGGAGGGCCGGGAGGGUCAUCCAAGGCCGCCUCACGAUACGUUUAUGUCUUCACAACAUAUUUGGCAAACACGGCUGCGGAAGCUGUUUUACAGGGCCGUGCAGAUUCCAUUCUGCAUUACCACCAGCAAAAUGUUCCUCGAGCCAAGCUGGAUGAGGAUACUCUCCAGAAACCACCCAGCACUCCAAAUACUGCAGGAGAGGAUUCUGUGCCCACGCUACCACCUUCUACAUCACCUGCACCAGCCAGUCAUCCAACUAACACGCCUAUCCAGGCUCCUCCAAAUGUGCUGCCAACUGAAGCAGUAGUGGAGGAGACAAAACAAGAGUUGACUCCAAACACGGUGGGAAAUAGCAAUAGUCGUCCUGCCAGUAGCCACUCCAACCCACCACCUCCACCUUCUGCCCCGUUACCUGUCGAGGACCCUGGACUUCUGGAAAGUACACAAGAGACUAUGACACUAAACACAGAGGUUCUUUCAAGAGAGCAGCUCGAGCAUCGGGAACGAUCUCUUCAGACUUUGAGAGACAUAGAAAGGCUGUUGCUUCGAAGUGGUGCUGAUAGUGAGUCAUUUUCAAGGCACAGCACAAGUCCAGUAGAAGGAUCUGUACCUUCUCAUCCUCAACCUCAUGUUCCUUCAAACCCACCAACUCCAAUAAAAAAGUAUGAAGAGCCCUUGCAGUCUAUGAUCACACAGACUCAAAGUUUAGGAGGUCCAGGAAUGGAGCAAGAAAUGGGAGGUCCUCCAACCGGACCAGACAUGGGUCAUCAAAUGAGUCUUAUGAUGCAGAGGUUGGGACAAGACAGUCUUACACCAGAGCAGGCUGCAUGGAGAAAACUUCAGGAGGAAUAUUAUGCUGAAAAGAGGAGGAAAGAAGAGCACAUGACUGUACAUGGCAGGUCAGCACCUGAUUUAAUGCUCAGGGGACCUCCUCCACCAUACCACAACAAGCCUGGUGAACAGUGGGUUGGGAAUCGGUUACCUGUAACUCUAGAGGGACAGGAAGCCAUGCAAGUAAGAGGUGGAGGGAUAACAUUCCAGGGUCCAAGAUUUCCCGGUAGAUAUGCUCUCAUGCAAAAUAUGCCAAUGGACACCAUUGGAGUUAUGCAGAGACAAGGUAGAUGGCCUGAAGAUAUGGCACCAGUGGGUGGAGUGCAAGGUAGCUUUCCACAAAGUGGAAUGGCAUUCCCUGGUGGAGGUCAAGGAGAAGUGGAGAGAUUUUUGAAUCCUCCUUCCCGUGAUGAAUUUUUGAGACAUCAGCUAUUAGAGAAACGUUCACCUGUUAUGCAGAGACAGUUGUCAAUACCUAGUGGACAAGGCAUAGAUAUGGAUCGAGUGAUUAUGCAACAGCGACAAGGUGACCCUUCUAUGUUCCAAGGAGAUGGAUUGGGUAGUGGAUCUACCAUGGGCAUGGAUUUUGGAGGAUCCAGAAACAUGGUAAGCCCCCCCAUGGGGCGUCCCGGACCAGUCAGGGAACUGGAAUCAGCAGGAGUAGGUGGAAACCUCAAUAUGAACAUGAGUGUCAACAUGAAUAUGAACCUUAACCUUCAGAUGACACCCCACCAACAGAUGUUAUUGUCCCAGAAAAUGAGGAAUGAUCUAAUAGGUUCCCAAGCAGGAGUAGGAUCAGAAGAGCUGGUUCGGACAACACGAGUGCAAAAUGGCAGCGGUGGCCAGAAGAUGGUAAUUCAAGAUGGUGCGCCGACCCAGAAUCCUUUGUCCUUGAUGAUGUCCCAGAUGUCUAAGUAUGCCAUGCCUAGUUCCACGCCACUGUAUCACAAUGCAAUUAAAACAAUUGCUACAUGUGAUGAUGAUCUGCUACCAGACCGGGUUCUCCUUCCACCUGGUAGUCAGCAAGGCCCUGGGAUGAACCCUCCGAUUUCUCUGCAUUUGAAUUUGAGUUCUUCGCAAAGCCCAGUAGGAAACAUUGGUCUCCAGGGACAGCCACCCCUCUCCCAUGAACCCCCUACUUCAAUGCUCAAUUCACCUGGUCCGCCCAUGCACCCGUCAAUUGGCCCUAUUCAGACACCUAUGAUGAUUCCUUCAGUGAACCAGGACUCUUGCUGUCCUGGUCCUGGAUCACAAAUGAUGUCCUCCAACUCAUUGGUCUUCCCACCACGUCUGCAGCCUGGGCCUCCACAUAAUCCACCUUUACCACAAGGAGCUGGAAAUAAUUCCAUGCAGCAAAACUAUCCAGAUGAAGCACCUAAUCACCCCUGUCUCCCGCACAGGAUAUCAGAAGCAUAUGGUCCCAGUCUUCCUUCCAUGCUUACAGACCCAGAGCUAGGAGAAGUAAUCCGACCAUCACCCAGUGGUAUUCCAGAAUUUGACUUGUCCCGUAUCAUGCCAUCGGAGAAGCCAAGUAGUACUCUGCAGUACUUUCCGAAAGGGAGUACACAACCGCUGAAAUCGCACCCAGCUAAUAUGCACCUCCUUGGCUUGCAGAACAUGAUGGUUGAGCAACAUUCGGGUCGUUCAGGUCCAAGUCUUCCAGGCCCACAGAGAACCCUGGGAAUGCCACCUAUGCACCCUAUGGGUAGGACAGGAAUGGCACCUCCAUCUCAGACAGCGCAACAGAACUUCAUGUUAAUGAAACAACGAAGUGUGUCAGGAGAGAUGUACCCCCAGAGUUCCGGUAUGUUGUCACCACAGGGUGCUCUUGGUGUCCAUUUGCAUGGACAACAAAGCAUGAUGGUUGGACACCAAAUGAGACAGCGUAGUGUAUCCUUAGAUACAUACAUCCCUGGACCAGGACACUUACCAUUUUAGUGUCAGAGACUCACUAGCACCAACCUAGUUCUUCCUUCCAUGAUUCCAUUCAAAGAUGGCUAUCGCAGCUUUUUUCAUAUCCCUACGUUACAGUUUCAAAAGCAAAGAAAAUGUAAAAGAGGUUGUCCGCUUUUUGAUGGCCUCUCCCGAGCUGCAGUGUUUGCUUAAUGACAUAGUUGUUAUGAAUGAAGAAGAACUAUGUCUUUUCAAUGCAACCUCUCAUCUUCCUUGAGAACAUCCUUCUAUUUGGCUUUGGCGUAUACCAGCAAUUUUUUUUCCUGGCAGAUUAAGAUAAAAUGUCUUUAUUUAAAGCAGAACAUGAUCCUGUGUCAGCUGUUUGGAGUGUUAUAAAUCCGCAAACCAUCUCUCAAAGGAAGAUCAAGCAUAAAAGUAUUUUCUCUAACAAAAUGAUUGUGUUGCUAGGUUUAUCGAUAGUUCUAUCCUUAGUGGCUGUCUCUGUAUGAUCAUUGGCAGCAUAUUUCUAGGAUUUGCCAUCGAUGUUCAAUCCGUGUGGGCUGACCACUAGAAAGGAGUGGUCGUGUGACUAGGAAAGCGCUGUGCCGGUUCAUCUCCUGUUGAAUCCCUUAAAAAAGUUUCUCCAGGCUUAAGAUAUUGAUGACCUAU